AGGGGGUAAUGUAGCCACCUCGACAAGAGAUGCAUAACAGUUAAAGUGUUAGCUUGACAGUCGUUGGACGCGGGUUCGAGUCCCUGUCAGGGCUUCCCUACAAUAUGAACAAGAAAAGCAGCAGAGAUGGGUAUUCAAUGACAUAGGCAUCAACAGCAAAGAUAAGAUAUUGAGUAUGAAAAGUGUGUGGAUGGUAGAAAAUAUAUUUGAACAUGGGUUGUACUUGGACAUACUAAGUUUCAAACAUUUGAAAGAAGACCAUGACAUGAAGCAUCUGCAGUGUGAAUACUAUAUACAGUAAAGGCCUAUUAUUAUAUAGCCUUAACGUAUUUCGUAUGCUGCUGGUUAUUAGUUAUGCAAUACAAAGGCGAUUUGAAAUAGGCUUAAACUAGACGUUUUGGAAUUUUUCCUGAAACGACUAUCGCCGUCUUCACAUUGACGAGGUUCAGUCGAAACGAUGCGAAGGGGGCGGAUACAGGGAAGUAGGCCUAUCAUCUUCUGUCUUUGCGGUAACAUUGUUGUGGAACGACGUCACAGCUGGAAAAAUGAAGGUGCAGAGGCAGCCAUUAAUGGAGGUUCUGUAAUCAUUUUUUCCCAAAUAAAUACUAGCGGAAAACUUCCAUGGCAAGAGCUACAAGUCAAAUAUAUGAUGUUGUGCCCAUUCAAUCCAGCGUUGUCAUCUGUUCCUGCCCACAUCCAUCAAUGGUAAGAAAUCAGCCCGACUCCUGCUCGCCACUUGGUAUCCCAGGCGCAAGUAGCAGCCACUGUCCUAGCAUGGAUGGCCCCACCUCUGAGUCCCGGGCUCCGGGCAAGCCUACCAGCCAGGGCUCCGAGCUCCGGCAGGCCCCCCAGCCGCGCAAAAAGAGGCCAGAGGACUUCAAAUUCGGCAAGAUACUAGGAGAGGGCUCGUUCUCAACCGUUGUCCUUGCAAGAGAACAGGCAACUGCAAAAGAAUAUGCAAUAAAAAUUUUGGAGAAGCGGCAUAUUAUGAAGGAGAACAAGGCACAGUACGUGAAAAGAGAAAGGGAUGUGAUGUCAAACCUAGAUCACCCAUUCUUUGUCAAACUCUACUUUACAUUUCAAGAUGAUGAAAAGUUGUAUUUUGGCCUUAGCUAUGCUAAGAAUGGAGAGCUUUUGAAAUAUAUUCGCAAAAUCGGUUCUUUUGAUGAGACCUGUACUAGAUUCUACUCGGCGGAAAUUGUUUGCGCACUAGAAUAUUUGCAUGAGAAGGGGAUUAUUCACAGAGACCUUAAACCUGAGAAUAUUUUACUGAGCGAAGACAUGCACAUCCAAAUAACAGACUUUGGAACAGCAAAGCAAUUAUCUUCCGAUAGCAAACAAGCGAGAGCGAACUCCUUUGUAGGAACUGCGCAGUAUGUGUCUCCAGAGCUGCUGACAGAGAAAUCUGCUUGCAAGAGCUCUGACCUCUGGGCCUUGGGAUGCAUAGUCUAUCAGCUGGUGGCUGGGCUACCACCCUUCAGAGCUGGAAACGAGUACCUAAUAUUCCAGAAGAUAAUCAAGCUGGAGUAUGAAUUUCCAGAGAAGUUCUUCCCCAAAGCGAAAGAUCUUGUUGAACAGCUUUUGUCACUGGACCCCUCCAAGAGAAUCGGUUGCGAGGAGAUGGGAGGGUACGACCCCCUGAGGGGACACCCGUUCUUCGAGACCAUCUCCUGGGGAGACCUCCAUGUGCAGACGCCACCCAAGCUCACCCCCUACCUGCCAGCCAUGUCUGAGGAUGACGAGGACUGCUAUGGAAACUAUGACGACCUCCUGAGCCAGUUCAGCAGCAUGCAGGUGGCCCAGUCCAGCUCGUCCCACUCGCUCUCCACGCCUGAGACCAUUCCCCCUGCGCCGCAGAGGUCCAGCAGCAACAUCGAGCAGUACAUCCACGACCUGGACAACAACUCGUUUGAGCUGGACCUGCUGUUCUCCGAGGAGGAGAAGCAGCUGCUGCUGGACAAACAGACGAGUGGAAACCCCUGGCACCAGUUUGUUGAGAAUAAUUUGAUCCUGAAAAUGGGCCCAGUGGAUAAACGGAAGGGCCUGUUUGCUCGACGGAGACAGCUGCUCCUCACUGAAGGGCCACACCUGUACUACGUGGACCCUGUCAACAAGGUCCUGAAGGGGGAGAUCCCCUGGUCCCCUGAGCUGCGUCCAGAGGCCAAGAACUUUAAGACCUUCUUUGUCCACACGCCCAAUCGAACAUACUAUCUGAUGGACCCGAGUGGAAAUGCAGACAAGUGGUGUAAGAAGAUCCAGGAAGUGUGGAGAAAGAUCUAUCACAAGCACCAAAAUCUUGGCCUAUAGGAGAGCAGUUCCUCCUGCGCCACUCCUUCCUCCUAGCUCUGAGGCCGAUCACGGAGCAGAGUAACACCCUCCUGAGUGCCCUUCACAGCAAUGUAAAAAAAAAAAAAAAAAAAACUAUUUUAGAGACGCUAGCAUCUAUGGCAUCUAGACCUUGUUUAUUUUCCUUCUCUGAAAUAAGCAGAACCAAUAGGGAGAAAAAAAGACCAUGGGAUUUAAGGUUUGCUUUGCUUGUUCUUUGUGCUCUCUGUGAGGCUUCUAAAUGCAUUUUUCCACGUGUUGAUGUGACUGCUUCCAUGCACAUCGGCAUCUUGUAUAUUCUGCAAGGGAAAGGGAGAGGACAGGCUUGUCUGUAUAAUUCCACUGGCAUAAGGUACCAUUCGGACCACCUGAGUGCAAGGACUGGUUUCCUUGUUCAACCACAAAACACAAUCCAGCAUCACUUGUAUACCAGAGCCUAUCCCAACACUUUAUGACACUCAACCCAGUUCUUAAUCCAACAUUGUAUGCCUCUGUGAUCAGACCUGAACUUCACAUACUCCAUACUUAGAGCAGACUAUUGCCUGGUUCAGUAUCGCACUGCAACCAGGCACUAACCAAAUAAACUAUAUUUUUAGUCUGACCCCCAUUGUCCAGAGUAUAAUAUUUUAAUUGGUUUUCAAGGCUCUUCGUACUUAAUGAUUGCAGUUCAGUUUGGGUCUGUAGGUUAAUGUUUCGGAGUGGAUCGCUGGUCCCCAAAGUGAGGCGUAGCUCUGCUUCAGCAUUGGUUCUCCAUAGACUGAGACUGAGGACAGUCCCUAAUAGUAGAUCCAUUACAUUGCCAAUACGGGGUAGGUGAACAUGCCACUAGCUUGUACUCUCUUAUCAUAAGACCUGCUUAGCUUUCCUGCACGGCCAGUUUUGUAGCUCAGCCUUGUCUGCUUCUCUCCCAGGGCACUGGCGAUGUAGUUUUAUUAAAGUUAAGGUGAGUAUUUUGACUGCAUUGGCAACCAUGGCUAAUAUUAUUGAAUUAUUUGGCUGUUCUUUACCAUUCACUGGCUAUUUCUUUGUGGUUUGAAUACUUUUAGUUUUUUGGGGGUGGGGAUUGUCGUUUCAUCUUAAGUAUGUCCUGUUUAAAUCUAAUGCUGACCACCAUGUUGAACAGCUUUGGUGAUAAGGAAAGCAUCAACAGAGCAUUACAUCCAUAAUACUAUACUAUCAUUUCUUGGAAGCAAUCACAGUAAAGCUGUAGUCCCAGGGCAAGUUGGCAGCUUUGCCUUGUUUGGGUUAUCAAGGUUCAUUGGGAGUGUUCCUAUGGUUUUUCUACAACGUGAUACCUGGCCCAAUUAUGGCCCAUGUAUCAAGCGAUUGAUUUGCCUUUUGUGACUGGAGCGAGUGAAUAGUAGCCGCAGGCCUCUGGUUUGGGCUGAACGUGCUUUGAUGUCAGCUAAAUGGUAUCUGAUCCAAAUAAGAGAUGAAAUUGCUGUAUCUAUCUCUCUAAAGUAAGGAAACACUAUAGAAAGUGUUUGCUCUCUUGCUAGACUUUUUUUUUUUUUUUUUUUUUUUUUUAUCAAGUUGGGCGGCAGUCGGUUACAUUGUAUGUAAUACUCUACCUGGUUUGUAACCGACUAGAACUGUGAUGUACAGACAAUGUAUUAUUGAACUCUGAAGCAAGAAAUGCAAUGAUAUUAGGAUACAGUUUUUGUAUUUUUAUUCUUGUAUAAGGUUAUUUGAUGGCUAUUGUUUAGCCUCUAGUUCAUUCUGUGUUAUUUAAAUUCUAAUAUAUGAAUCAUAUUUGGAUUGAAGUCAUGUUCAGGGGCCAUGUUGUGUAUGUAUUGAGAUGUAAAGCCUUUGAAUGUGAAUAAUUAUUGUAAACUAUAAUAUUUUACAGCUUUUUUUUCUUACUAUAUCAUAUACAUUUUCUAUUUGCUCAGUAAUUUAAUCAUAUUUCUGAUAAUUUAAUGAAUCUGUUCAUUCUCUCUCUCUGAUUAUUUGUGCGCUAGGUCAGUAGUUGAAUGAUGAAUUUUCCACGUAAUGCUUGGUAGUCCAGUAAUUAAAGCAUGUAGGGAUUUAGGCAUACAAUAAAA